AACAUUAUAUUUAUAUAUAUAUAUACAUACAGAUAGAUUAUUCUCAUUAAUCACGUGAGUGGGUAGGUUGCUGCUUUAGCUCCAAAUAUCCCAGCUAUGUAUGAGCUGCAUUUUGGUGUUCCAAUGGCUGGGGCAAUACUUUGUGCAAUUAAUAUACGUCUUGAUUCAGCCAUGGUGGCAUUUCUGCUGAGACAUUCAGAGGCCAAAAUCAUUUUUGUUGAUUACCAGUUUCUCCAUAUUGUUCAGGGAGCAUUUCAAAUACUGUCAAAGGCCAGGACAAAGCUGCCUCAGCUGAUCUUGAUCCAAGAACCUGAACAGCAAGCUCCCAUCAGCAGCAAAACCAAUUUUACACCAACAAAAGACUUGGAAUAUGAGAGUUUUUUAGCCAUGGGAAAAGCAGAUUUUGAGAUCAGAAGGCCCAAGGAUGAAUGGGAACCUAUCUCGCUUAAUUACACAUCUGGCACAACAUCGAGUCCCAAAGGCGUCGUUUGUAGCCAUAGGGGUGCCUAUCUGAGUUCUCUGGCAAUAGUUCUUAGCAGCGAAAUAGGAUCAAUGCCUGUAUAUCUAUGGACUGUCCCCAUGUUUCAUUGCAAUGGAUGGUGCCUCGCAUGGGGUAUGGCUGCACAAGGUGGCACAAAUAUUUGCCUAAGAAAUGUCACCGCAGAGGGAAUAUUUAGCAAUAUUGCUCAGCACAGGGUUACCCACAUGAGUGGCGCGCCAACAGUUUUAAACAUGAUGUUAAAUGCUCCUGCUAGUGACCAAAAGCCGCUUCCAGGGAAGGUAUUGGUGACAACAGGUGGCUCAGCAGCACCUCCAAAUGUUAUCUUCAAGAUGGAAGAACUAGGAUUUAGUGUGACUCAAUUGUAUGGGUUGACGGAGGUUUAUGGCCCUGGAGUGUUUUGCACCUGGAAACCUGAAUGGAAUGUCCUUCCUCGAGAUGCACAGGUUAAAAUCAAGGCUCGGCAGGGGUUGCACCAUGUUGGGUUGGAGGAAGUUGAUGUUAAAGAUCCCGUUACCAUGAAGAGUGUACCAGCUGAUGCAAAAACCAUGGGGGAGCAGCCUACCUCCGCCGAUUUUGCAAUGGAGUUGGGGAUCCCACGGAGCGGUUGUAUUCAGGACGACAAAUUAUCAUCGGAGCUUUGCAAUCUGGCCGGUGUUUAUGAUACACGCUCGGAUGGAACGGUUAGGUGCUCCGCCAAUUACGUCCCUCUCACUCCUAUCAGCUUCCUGGAUCGUGCCGGCCUUGUCUACCGAGACAGAGUCUCCGUCGUCUACGGUGAUGUCAAGUUCACCUGGAAAGAGACGCGCGAGAGGUGCGUCAAGCUCGCUUCUGCUCUUGCACAACUCCAGAUUUCUCGUGGAGAUGUGAUUCUUAUACUCGGUUUGUAGGAUUUCAUACAAUAUAUCUUGUUAGGCUAAAAAAAUUUCUACUUUCUCACUCAAGGUGCCCUUACAUACAGGGCUUGUUAUGAAGGUAGGUUACUGUCAAGUGGCAUAGUAUAUGUUUGGGUUGGCAAUAGUUAGAGUAAUGCUCUUUUAACUCACAUACUUCUUAAUUGUUAUAUAUUCAAUAUGGAAUUUUCCCAUGGAUAUACAAUUUUUAAGAAAUGAUGCAGCCUUACUUAUGAAGUAGCUUCUGGCAAAAUUGGAUUUCUUUUUCUUUUAUGUGACUUUACUUAAGAGAAAACUGUUAUGAUUCUUCAGGACUCUUUUUAAUUGUUUUAGUGGCUUAUGAUUCUCAACUCAUACUAAGAGUUAACCUACCUUUUUCACACUUAUCAUGGAUUCAUGGUUGUAUUAAUUAAAGAUUGCAAAGAGCAGGUUUUGGGUAACCUGAAACCCUCUCCUUUCGCUUCUCUCUCUCUCGGCAGGAUUUUAGCGCCCAGCAAGUGAUUCUUUGAACAAUAAGCUCAGAAAUUUUUCUGAUAUAUAAGUUUGCUUCAAGGUGUUAUGCUGUUUCUUCUCUAAAUUCUCAGAGCAUUUGAAAAAUUUUUCACCUAUCUAUAUUUAUCUGCAUCCCUCAAAGGCUGUUGGUUAAUUAAUGCUAUGCAGUUCAUAUUAUCAAACCUUUUUUGUGCUUUGAAUUACGAUCAUCCAGUGCUUUUUGAUCAGGUUGCUGCUCUGGCUCCAAAUAUCCCAGCUAUGUGUGAGCUGCAUUUUGGUGUUCCAAUGGCUGGGGCAAUACUUUGUACACUUAAUAUACGUCUUGAUUCAGC